AUGCCGCAUCACAGCCAGAGUGGGGCCACAGCCACCAGAUGGGGAGGCAAGCACCAGCAGGUGGAGGCAUCACCAGGAGGGGCAUCACCACGAGUGGGGCACACAGCCAGAGGGGGCCAUGCAGCAUGGCACACAGCAGUGAGCCAGAGGAUGCAUAUCAGCAGCGAGUGGGCAUCACCAGUGCACAGAGGGGAUCACCAGCCAGAGUGGGGCAUCACCAGCAGCCAGAGUGGGGCAUCCCGCAAUCACCAGCAGCCAGAGUGGGGAUCACCCAGUCAACCAGAGUGGGGCAUCACAGUCAGCCAGAGUGGGGUCACCAGUCAGCCAGAGUGGGGCAUCAAGUGUCAGAGUCAGCAGAGUGGGGCAUACCAGUCAGCCAGAGUGGGGACCAGCAGUCAGGGGCAUCACAGUCAGCCAAGUGGGCAUCAUCACAGUCAGCACCGAGUGGGGAUCACAGUCAGCCAGAGGGGGCAUCACCAGUCAGCCAUGAGUGACACAUGCCAGAUGGGGCAGUCACCAGUGGCAGAGUGGGGGAUCACAGUCAGCCAGAGUGGGGCAUCACCAGGCCAGAUGCAUCACCAGUGCAGUCACAGCAGCCGAGGGGGGAUACCAGUCAGCCAGAGUGGGCAUCAGCAAGGGCAUCAGCCAGAUGGGGCAUCACCAGCCAGCCAGAGGGGGCAUCACCAGUCCAGAGUGGGGGAUCACCAGCCAGAGGUGGGCAUCACGCAGCCAGAUGGGGGCAUCACACCAGUCAACAGCACAGGGGGGACACCACCAGCGAGUGGGGCACACAGUCAGCAGAUGGGCAUCCAGCCAGCCAGUGGGGCAUCACCAGAGUCGAGUGGCAUCCCAGUCACCAGAUGGAGCAUCACCAGUGGGCAGCCCAGCAGUGGGGGCAUCACAGCCAGCAGUGGGGCAUCACCAGAGUGGGGGCAUCACGCAGAGUGGCCACAGAGGGCAUCACACAGGCCAGAGUGGGGCAUCACACCAGAGGGGACCACGGCACACACGAGGGCACCAGGUCACAGCGGCUCAAGUGUGGGCACACAGUCAGCCAGAGUGGGGCAUCACGUCAGCCAGAUGGGCAUCCCAUCAGCGAUGGGAGUCAGCCAGAGUGGGAGUCACCAGUCAGGGGGCAUCACCAGAGUGGCAUCACAGUCAGCAAGUAGUGGCAUCACCAGCAGCCAGAGUGGAGCAUCACAGUAG